AUGGCACCCACGAAGAAGGAUGGCGAGAAAGGUGAAAAGGAGGCCAAGCUUACGCCUGAACAGUCCGCCGCCAUCAUCAUGGACUACCUACGCAAACAGAACAGACCUUACAGCGCCACGGACAUCAGCUCCAACCUCAAGAACCGCGUGACCAAAGCCGCGGCGGCGAAGCUGCUCAAGGACAUGCACGAGCGGAACGACAUCGAGGGCAGAGCAGCAGGGAAGCAGAUCGUGUACCACGUCAUCCAGGAAGAACCCGACGACUCUCUUGUCGAGACUCUCCAAGCCAUGGAAGCUGAGACCAGCCGGCUCCGCGAGACCACGCAAACUCUCAAGCUUGAGGAGAAGCAGCUCCGCGCCUCGCUCAAAGACGGUGCAGCCUGCAUCCCUCUUCCGGAGCUCAAAGCUGAAGUUACGACGUUGGAGCAGCAGAGGGCAGAGAUGUCCAUGCGGUUGCAGAAGCUGCAAGCUGGCAGUGUGCAGCCGCUUAGCGCCGAGGAGCGGGAGAAGAUCUCGAGCGAGUGGAAGAAGUGGUCGAAGACUGCUGCGGCUCGAAAGAAAAUCAGGAAGGAGCUGUGGGAGGAGAUUCUGGGGCUCAUUGAGCCUUCGAAAGUGGCGGAGACGAAGGAGGAGCUGGGGCUGGAGUUUUAG